UGGUAUCGGACGGUCGUAUUUUUGUUAUGCUGUUGUUGUUGUUUAGCAAAAAUGGAUCAACAACUGCACCGUCUGACGGAUCGUCAUUACUCGGAAGUGGAGGGCUUGCUACAGGCUAUGGACAUGCCGAGUUCCGACCACGAAGAAAUUGAGUCGGAAUCGUGCCGACUUAGCCGGUAUAAUGUGGCCAACCUGUAUGAGGGACGUCAGCGUUGCUACACAAUGCCGCACGUGCCCCCAGCGCCGCCCUCCACACCAACGUUGUUAACGUCCAACGGCAACAGCAGCGGCAAUGCCAAUGGGAAUGGCAAUGGCAACAGUAACGGCAGCGCCAAUGGUAAUGGUAGCUCCAGCUCACCCACCGCCAGCCUGGUGGCCGAUAAUCAAUCAAUCAAUCAUUUUAUCUAUGUUAAAAACGGUAAGAACCUGCGUCGUGAAACCCGUUGCGUUGACUCUGAGCUAUCCAAAUUGUUCAACGUUGUGUCCAUCACAAAUCGGCUAACUGCCGUCAAGAAUCGUGCGCACAAACAGCAUCAGCAUCAGCACCAACAUCAGCAGCUGGCCGACCGCGGUAUCAUAAAUGCAUCCCGGGCCAUCUCCAAGCUGCAUGGUGCGACGAAAAUCUUCAAGAUACAUCGCGAUCCCAAGGAAUUCCUGCGCGAAACGGACGAGGACUCAGUGUCAGCGCCCGAAUACGAUGAAGAGGAGGAGGACACACGUUUCCGAUUCUUUCGACGGACACGGCAUUCGCGCCGGCAUUCGUUUACGCGCAUGGAGCGUAAAUUUGCACGGUUCGAGCAUCACGAGCGUAUGGAAACGAUCGUUGAUAGCUUCGAUGCGGCCAUGAGUUUUAACGAUGCAGAUACCUGAGCGGAUGCACAAGCUGACGCUACAACCACUAGAACAACAACAACAGCAGCAACAGAAACACCUUCAGCAACAACAACAA